UUCAUUUUUGCAGUUUCUACAGAACAAACAAACAAGCCAUGAGUCGACUCGCUCGCUAAUCUUGCUCCUCCUCCUUUCCUCAACUAGAAACCAAAUCGUUUCUUUUUCACUUGCUUCUUCAUUUCUGAAGUCAAAUUAUUUUUCAGUUACUUUAACAGAUCGGUUUAUAAUCGAUCGAUUUUCGUCAUUUUUUACGAUCUGAGUCUCUCUAACAAACGAACCCUAGAUUUUCCCACUCAAUACUCUUUGUUGUGCAUUGUUUAGGUUUUACUUUGCUAAAAAACCCUAGCAUCAAUUUUAAUUGCUAGUUUGGGUCCAGUUAGGUCGUCGUUAGGGUUUUAUUUUCGUUCUGAGACGGUGGUGAUGAAUAAUAGUAGUAGAGGGAGGUAUCCGCCGGGGAUCGGCAGUGGCCGAGGUGGCAUCAACGCAGCUAACCCUAGUUUUCAGUCCAACCGUCCUCACCAACAGUACGUGCAGCGGAAUUUGGUCCCGCAACAGUUUCAACAGCAGCAGCAGUGGCUGAGACGAAACAAUUUUCCUGGAGCUGAGUCUCCAGCUGUUGACGAGGUCGAGAAGACCGUUCAGUCCGAAGCCGCUAUCGACCCAAGUUCACAAGAUUGGAAGGCAAGGCUAACGAUACCACCACCUGAUACACGUUAUAAAACAGAGGAUGUGACAGCCACAAAAGGGAAUGAAUUUGAGGACUAUUUUCUGAAACGAGAGCUACUUAUGGGAAUAUAUGAAAAAGGGUUUGAAAGACCGUCUCCUAUUCAGGAAGAAAGUAUUCCUAUUGCUUUGACUGGUAGUGAUAUUCUUGCAAGAGCGAAAAAUGGGACUGGGAAGACUGCUGCAUUUUGCAUUCCAGCCUUGGAAAAGAUUGACCUAGAUAACAAUGUGAUUCAGGUUGUUAUCCUUGUUCCAACACGAGAGUUGGCACUUCAGACAUCGCAGGUCUGUAAGGAGCUUGGGAAGCAUUUGAAAAUCCAAGUCAUGGUUACCACAGGUGGUACCAGUCUUAAGGAUGAUAUCAUGCGUUUGUAUCAACCGGUCCAUUUGCUUGUUGGAACUCCUGGAAGAAUUCUUGAUCUUGCCAAAAAGGGUGUUUGCAUUUUGAAAGAUUGUUCAAUGCUUGUAAUGGAUGAGGCUGAUAAGCUCUUGUCACCCGAGUUUCAACCUUCAAUUGAGCAGCUUAUUCGUUUUCUGCCUGCAAAUCGUCAAAUUUUGAUGUUCUCAGCCACAUUCCCGGUUACUGUGAAGGACUUUAAAGAUAGAUACCUGCAAAAGCCCUAUGUUAUUAAUCUCAUGGAUGAGCUUACUCUCAAGGGUAUUACUCAAUAUUAUGCAUUUGUUGAAGAAAGGCAGAAAGUCCACUGCCUAAAUACUCUUUUCUCUAAGCUGCAAAUAAAUCAAUCAAUCAUUUUUUGCAAUUCGGUGAAUCGAGUUGAACUUUUGGCCAAGAAAAUUACGGAACUUGGCUACUCUUGUUUUUACAUUCAUGCUAAGAUGCUGCAAGAUCAUCGCAAUAGAGUGUUUCAUGACUUCCGCAACGGUGCAUGCAGGAAUCUUGUUUGUACUGACCUGUUUACAAGAGGUAUUGACAUUCAAGCGGUGAAUGUUGUCAUAAACUUUGAUUUUCCCAAGAACUCUGAGACAUAUCUGCACAGAGUUGGUCGAUCAGGAAGGUUUGGACACCUUGGGUUAGCUGUAAAUUUGAUUACUUAUGAGGAUCGCUUUAACUUGUAUAGGAUUGAGCAAGAACUUGGUACUGAAAUCAAGCAAAUUCCUCCACAUAUUGAUCAGGCAAUUUACUGCCGGUAACUUGUGGCAUAUAUCUUUCGACGUGGCUAUGGUGGUAACAGUGGAUUACAGAGGCUGUCCAGUUUAAGGCACUUAGCUUUGUUGCUGAGGAAGCAUUUAUGGUUUUGGUAUUGUUGGUUGAAGACUUGUGGCUGGUGCUGUAUGUGAUUAACCCUGGAAUUUUUUUUCCUGGUUCCUGGAUUUUCAUAGCCCUAAAUAUUUAACAGGAUUGUAGGAGAGCUUUAGAAUGGUUUAUAAAUCCUGGAUAGAAGCAAAGUUCAUAGUUGUGUUUGAUUCUGCUUGACUGGUUUGGUUCUUGUAUGUUGGUUUUUUAGUUUUAAUACUGCUGAACUUUGGAUGUA